AUGAAUAUCUCAAAUCUUGGUGACCAAUUAUUACUGGAGAUAUUCAGCAAACUAUCAUACUCGGACAUAUGUCUUGGUGUUCGGCUGACUAGCUCGCAUUGGAAGAAACUGAGUGAAGACUAUGAACUGUGGAAGGUCGUUGAUCUCACAAAAGGCAACACCAACAAAGAUAAAGUUACUGAUUAUGUCUUUAUUAACCUCCUGAAGAAUUCACGUUUAGUUCAUAAAAUAAGUGUUUUAAACUGUUGUAAAGUCAGUGACAAGUCCUUCCUGUACAUUGCUGAUAACUGUCCUGAGCUGAUGUCUUUAAAUGUGGCAUACACAGGUAUAACGCAAAAUGGUCUGCAUAAAAUAAUCGCCAAAUGUAGCAAGUUACAACAUAUCAAUAUUCUAGGAUGCCGUAAGUUGACGCCUAGUGUGUUACAUCAGUUCACUGGAUUGAGUAAGCUUCAUGUACGUGUAGAUGCAUUCUACACAAGUAUGAGCAGUAUGGACAGCGCCAACCACAAUCUACAGCAGCUUGCAAAACGAUGUCCGGAUUUGAAAUUGCUUGAUGUUAGAAAUUCCACACACCUCUCAGACAACACCAUGAUGGAGUUUGCAACAAAGUGUCCGCGAUUACAAUGUCUGAAGUUAGAUUUGUGCAAGUCGCUGAGUAGUCUCUGUAUUAUGCAAAUUAGCCAAACUUUAAAGCACCUGCAAUAUGUAUCACUCGCUAACUGUUGCAUCGAUGAUAGCGUAGUCAGAAUGUUGGUGGAAAGCUCUGAACAUUUAGUACAUCUCAAUAUCUCCUCGACAGUAAGCAGGAAUCUCAGUGAUGCAAGUUUAACCAGUAUUGCUACAUUUUGCAAGAAAUUGCAACACUUAGACAUCCACAGUGCGGAACAUCUACAGUCACAGUCACAGGAAUCGCAGGAUAUAACUGAUAAGGGUAUCAUAGCAGUGGUCACCAAUUGUAUCAAUUUGUAUCACCUGAACUUGAACUCCUGCAGUCAGAUUACAGAUCAAAGUCUUCUACAACUUGCCAACAAUUGCAAACUUCUUGAGUAUUUAGACUUGGGAAACUGUUCACUAAUCACACAACACGGUCUGAAUGAGGUCAUGCAAAAGUGUGCAAGAUUGAAAUUUCUGAAUGUGCAGAAUUGUAAUAUGUUACAGAAGAUUACGCUUUCUGAUAGAUACAAUGCUGUAAAUAUCAGUGGAACCGUUGGUUACAUCAAUGGUACAAAGUGCAUUCAAACUACCACAAGAGAUGAUGACCCAGUUCUUGAUCAGUCAUCUUCAGAUGAUGAGGACAGUGAUAGUGAUGAAGAAAUUAUGGAGAAACACGACAAGGAAGAAGUCUCUGAGAAAGCAUACAACAAAAGUUGUCGUGAAUGCGACCCUGAUGAUUCCGGCUUCGGUGAGAUGCUUUGUCAACGCUUCCAGUCAUGCACUCAAGAUGGCGCUUCAGAUGAUGAUGUUACCAUGACAGUUGAUGCACCAGUUGCUACAAAUGAUACAGAUGUUAAGAUUGAAUUUAAGGAUACCUACUCUGCCAACCAUUCCCAAGACUGGAACACAGAUUGUUGGCAGACUCAGCAAGCAGGGUUCAGUACUUCUGCAGGUCCGUCCUCUUUGUUUUAUGAGCAGGUGAGAUCCUCCCCUAGGUGUCACUUCAAGACAAUCCAUCAAAUUGAUUACAAAGCGGUUAGCUUACCCAUGCAACUACAGCAGCUUGAUUUAAGCCACUGUCCUAAGAUCGGCGAUGAUAGCCUUGUUCAAAUUGGUAAUCAUUGUCAUCAUUUGAAAAUGAUCAAAUUACGUGAAUUAAUCCAAAUAACUGAUGCUGGUAUAUGUCAUGUGAUCGAGAAUUCACCAUAUUUGGAAUAUAUUUACAUGUCUGGCUGGCAGACCGGUACUUUAAAAGUGACCGACCUAACGCUACUAAAAUUAGCCAAGUGUUGCCCAAUGCUAAAGAGUGUCAUAAUAUGGGGUGCUCCACCAGCAAAAUACGAAGUAACUCAAAUUUUACGUAAUUGCCGCAAAAUCAAAGAAUUUGGUGUAACUGUUGGUUACAGAUGUAGCUUAGAUAAGGAAGAUGUUGUUGUCAUGGUAGAUAAUUACCAUACUAUUGUAAAGUGUGAACUCCACAAUGAGUACUAUCCAGGUGAUGCACACAGACUUGUAAGUAAACACCAACGCCGACAAAAUAUUCUCGUCAAAAUGUUGCCACAUAGCAAAGUUUGA